AUGGCUUCGCUGCAACUGGAGAAGCCAUGCAAGAACAACGUGGGGUGGGAUGGGAAACUUGUGCUCUUUAAGGGCCAUGGUUCAACCUCUUCGAGGGUUGAAGAGGCAAGCGAUAAGUGUCAGCGAGAGAAAAGAAAGACGAUUAAUGGUGAUGAUCUACUCUGGGCGAUGGCGACGUUGGGUUUCAAAGAUUAUAUUGAUCCCCUUAAGGUGUAUCUGAAUAGGAACAGAGAGAUGGAGGGUGAUACCAAGGGAUCUGCAAAGAGUGGUGAUAAAAGGGAUGCUGUUGGAGUUCAACCUGGUCCAAAUGCACAGAUUGCUCAUCAGGAAUCCUUCACACAGGGAGUGAGCUAUAUGAAUUCUCAAGUAAUAAUUUUACCUCUGUUUCUAUUUCAGCAUUUAGAUCAACAUAGACAUUCCGAUCAAGCCAGACAUUAAAAAGUUAUAUUAA